AUGGCUCAGAAUCAACAACCAAUUUCUCAGACCAAGUCCACAGAACAUUCUGUGCAGACUCCAGUCAACAUCGAGCAUGAUUCAACCACACUCAUAAACCAAACCGGAAACAGGAAACCAACACCAAACCAUUGGCCAACGAUUAUCCUCUCAGUCAUCUUCGUCAUCGUAGGUCAAUCCACAGCUAAACUCCUCGAAAACUUCUACUACGUCCAAAUCAAUAAACGUAUCAACAACGGCGUUUGGACUCAGUCUCUCCUCCAAACCGUCGCAUUUCCUCUCCUCCUCCUCCCUUUCAUCAUCACCACCAAGAACCGACAACAACCUCCGAUCACUUCCGAUCGAUUCCACAGGAAAUACCUCGCCGUAACCUACAUCUGCAUCGGAAUUCUCCUGUCCGUUCAUGGAAGACUCUCCACAAUGGGGAAGCUCAAGCUUUUCGUUGGGGGUUUCACUCAGAUCUACACAACGCAGCUCUUCUUCACCCCGAUCCUCGCCUGUUUAAUCAACAAAAUCAAAUUCAAUCGAUGGGUUGUCAUCUCCUUGAUCUUCGCAAUCGCCACCGGAGCUCUCAGUUUCACUUCCUCAUUCGGCGGCGAGCCAGGUGACGAGGAGAUGAAUUACGCAAGAGGCUCAAGAGCGGCGCUGUUCUCCGGCAUCUGCUUCUCUCUCCUCCUCUGUAACAUCCAAAACGUCUUCGACAAUUACAUCUUCAAACGCACCGAUUCGACAACCAGAAGACCAAGCUUCGCCUCCGUCUUCGAGAUCAUAAUCUUCUCCUCCCUCGUCGCUACAAUCAUCUCCGCCGUGGGUCUCCAGAUCGCCGGUGAGCAACACGAACUGAAGAGAGAAAUGAAUGGAUUCUCCAAGGGGAAAGGCUUGUACGUGAUGGCUCUGGUGGGUCAAGCCGUUUCGUGGCAGGUCUACUGGGUCGGUAUCGUGGGACUCGUCUUCUCCGUCUCGAGCGUGUUGUCGAACGUGAUCAGCGUCAUCACGUGGCCGAUCGUGUCGGUGCUUAUUGUUAUCUUUUUCAAGUUCAUGGACGAUGAGGUCGAUGUCUUCAAAGGCGUCGCCUUGGUCACUGCCGCCUUUAGCGCCGCCGCUUAUUUCUAUAGGCUUCACAAAGAGAAUCGUGACAGUGCCAAAGUUUGGGUUCCCCAAAUUUAUUUUUAA